CACACACACACAUACACAAAUCACACACACACCCCCCCCCACACACACACACACCCCACACACGUGCUAGUUAUGGACCUGAGGCCGAUCGCCGUCCUAGCCCGCGUAAUGAUGCUUGUCCUGCAUAGACAGAACUGACACGUUUCAAGAUUAAAUAUCCAGAUAGUAUCUUAAAGGUGAUUUAAACUCUUUGGAGCUAGAACUAACCUCUUUCGGAGACUGUGUGUUUUAUCUCAGUCUCCCAGGGCCUAAGACGGUACCUAGAAAAGAGAGGUUACUUAAUAUAUCCUUGUUGGCUGGAUUUAAAAGUCCGCAGGACAUCAAAACAAGUGUCACUAUUCUUAGUUUAUGGUCUUAAGGUCAGAAUCUGACAUUUGUUAUUUCCCAUUUUCUGUAUCCAAAAGAUAAUUCCAAAGACAGCAGUUCACCUUAUUCAAGCCUUGUCUCUCACACAAAGCAUUUCUUAACAUGAGCUUAGACAAAUCGAGCUUGUUAGACGUUUUUGAAAGUUACCAGUUUAUAUAUCAAGUUAUAAUACCUCCCUGAUCCCUGUCUAUAUAGUCAGAAAAGGCUCAUAAAUGAAGGCAUAAAUAUACAGCAGUAGGCACAGUCAUUCUUAGAAGAAUCCCAAAAUGGAUUUCAGAUGAAUUUUAAAUAUUAUAAUAUGUUUUUAAAAAUAGCAACAUCCCUUAAGCUGGUGUCCCUCUCCCUUUCCCCAGAAUUUCUAUUUAAGAGAAACAGUUCAGCUGGACUAACAGAAAGAGUGUCGGGGUAGCAAAGCUGGUUCGUGCGUUGAUCCUUCCGUCCAUAGAAAAACAAACUGGUGCAGAGUGUUCUCUGGCUUCCCUUCUGGGGUGAGAGCCCCUGCCUUUGGACAGAGGAUCUCUGAUUUAAAGGCUGCUGCAUCUGUGUAGGACACCCAGGGCCCCACUGGUACCUGGAGCCUGGGUCAGGGGAGCUGGCAGUUCCGCGCAGAGAUGUUGGGAGCAUCUCAUGGUGAGGCUUGUGCGUCCUGGCCUGACCAGGCCUCAUCCGGGGCUGUGCAGCUGUGUGUUCACGUGGGUUUAGAUCCAAACACAGUAAGAACAGUUCCACCCUCUGUGGAAGCAGCAGUGUAUCUGGAAGGGGGAAGAGGCCAGAGGCGGAGGAGAAAGAAUGCAGCUCAGGAUCUGUUGCAUUAGAAAUUGUACCAGCAUCGGAUGCCAUCUGGGGUUUGCUAUGCAAAGUGGCUGUUCACAUAAAACAUCCCUCGUUUCCACUCUGGAUGUCGCCUACGUGUUUGUGCUCGCCGCCCAUCCACGUGUCCGUUCAUUCAUUCCCCAGGUGUUCAUGAAGUGCCUGACCCGUGUUUGUCACCUGGUGUGGCCGCAGUGAUCCUAGGGUCCACCUUUGCGGGGCGUACGGCUGGGGGCUGGGAGGUGCACAGGCAGUCAGCGUCCUGUGGUGUCAUGAAAACACUGCAUUUUCCAGUACAUUCUUCAAAAGAGCGAAGAGCCCGCAUCCAACAGACCAAUUUUCUUAAUUCUCUCUAGAGAGCUCUGGAUGCUGGUAGGCCACGGCGUUUCCCACCUGGGACCCGGGUGGCAUUUAAAACUGGGCGUGGCUUCUUCGGCACUGACUUCCUGAGGCUGCUUCCUGCCUGUGGGAAGGCUUUGGGAAUGUUCACAGAUUCCUCUGGAGGAAUCGAGGAUGUUAGGGCAGUCUCCUGGAGCCGCGUGGAUAGAGAAAGACGUGUGGGUUUCGAGGGGCAGGAGGCAAAUGGCAUCUUUGGGGUCAGAUUAAAGUACGUGGUUGAGAAAAGGGAGCAUUGAAGAGGGUGCUCCCUGGACGCUCGUGCGGCCCAAAGGGCCUCCUGUUCAGGAAACACCUGAAACUCUGCGCCUCCCUUGAUUCCCAAGAAAUGUUUCCGGUAAAAAAAAAAAACGCACGUGCUUCCUGGGCUCUGAACGCCCUCCUCCCAUCUCCCUCCACCUUCCUUUCUCUCCUUUCCCCACCUCUCCACUUCCUCUCCUCCUCCCUUCUUGUUUCUCUUCUCUCUUCCCUCCCCCCUCCCCUCCCCCCCAGCAGCCCGCAACUCCAGACACUGACAGUUCUUAAACCUGAGAAGAUAAAAAUAGCCCACACGUAUAAGCCUGUGGACCUCGCAGAUAGUCAUUAUUUUCCAUGGGGCAGCCCUGUGCGCUGCUGCCCGCUGCGCUCUGAACCUGUGUCCUUGCCUCGGACUCAGCGCAGGUGGAGAAUUGGUUUGAACCGGAGACUAAAGCUCUGCACCCACCCCUCACCCCAGGACUCUCCUCUCCCAGCACUGUGGUCGGUGGCUGAGCCUGUGGCCACACCUGUAAACCUGCCCCCUAAGAUCCGGGUGCUUGUUCAGAGCCAAGGGGGAUGAUAUCAGAGGAUGACGUAACCCCGGGGGAGGGGUGAGAACUCCCAGACGCUGGGAUUUGGGUUUGGUUCAUGAAUAACAAGUCCGCAGUCACACCUGCGGUCCAGAUGUCUCCUUGCUUGCUUCUGCUUCAUGCUGUCAGCACCUGUGCACCAGGUGAUGGGCAGGAGUGACAGGUGGCACAAAUCUGGUGCCAGGAUGACCGAGCGCUUCGACUGCCACCACUGCGAGGACUCCCUCUUCGGCAGGAAGUACAUCCUGCGGGAGGAGCGGCCCUACUGCGUGGCCUGCUUUGAGGCCCUCUUCGCCAGCACGUGCGAGGAGUGCGGGAAGCUGAUUGGCUGCGACUGCAAGGACUUGUCCUACAAGGACCGACACUGGCACGAGGCCUGUUUCCACUGCUCGCGGUGCAGGGGGUCCCUUGUGGACAAGCCGUUCGCUGCCAAGGAGGACCAGCUGCUCUGCACCGACUGCUACUCGCAGGAGUACUCGUCCCGCUGCCAGGAGUGCAAGAAGAGCAUCAUGCCAGGCACCCGUAAGAUGGAAUACAAGGGUAGCAGCUGGCACGAGACCUGCUUCAUCUGCCAUCGCUGCCAGCAGCCCAUCGGAACCAAGAGCUUCAUCCCGAAGGACGGCCAGAACUUCUGCGUGCCCUGCUAUGAAAGGCAGUAUGCCUUGCAGUGCGUUCAGUGCAAAAAGCCCAUCACCAGCGGGGGCGUCACGUACCGGGAGCAGCCCUGGCACCGCGAGUGCUUCGUGUGCACCGCCUGCAAGAAGCCUCUGUCUGGCCAGCGCUUCACGUCCCGCGACGAGUUCGCCUACUGCCUGGGCUGCUUCUGCGACCUGUACGCCAAGAAAUGCGCCGGCUGCGCCAGCCCCAUCAGCGGACUGGGCGGCACUAAGUACAUCUCCUUCGAGGAGCGGCAGUGGCACAACGACUGCUUUAACUGCAAGAAGUGCUCCCUGUCGCUGGUGGGGCGAGGCUUCCUCACGGAGAGGGACGACAUCCUGUGCCCUGACUGCGGGAAGGACAUCUGAGCCCCUCCCCGACCCCCCUGCAGCCCCCCCAAGCCCUGCUCACGCUGCACCUGGCUCCACCAGCCACCUGGGGACUUGCCUCUGCGCUGCUCAGCGCUAC